UAUUGCAGAACAGUAAACUGUUUGUCACCUGCAGCCAAGACAAUAACCUGCAUGUCAGAGAUGUAGUCUCACUAUGCUGGUUUAUGCGACACAAUGGGUUUUCUUGCCAUGUGGAUGCAAGCAAAAAGGGCAGCUUCCUGAAGUCUUAUAGUCAAAGGAUAGCAGAGGCUGACUUCAUUCUUGUGUGCAUCUCCAACAAGUACUUAGAAGAUAUCUCACCUGACUGCCCAUCCAACCUGAGAGAUAACCAGCUGCACACAAGAGAAAUCUAUGAGCUCCUGAAGUCCAAACAUCUCAGCAGUGACGAUCAUGGCAACACCAGUGACACUGCUCGGACACCCCAAAUCAUUCCUUUACUGUUUGACAAAAUGACAGAGAAUCAUAUCCCAGAAUGGAUGAAGGGGAGACAAACAUAUAAGUGGCCAGAAGAGUACAUGGACCUUAUCAAACUGUUGGAAAACCAGAAGAGAAGAGAACAGAAGGAUGUGUAG